GUAAUGUGGCUCUUGAUAAUUUGCAGAUAAAGGAGAACGCAUUAAGUGAAGUGGAUGUACCUUUUAGAGUAAAAGUUGGUCAGAUAGAUAAACUGACUCUGAAGAUUCCUUGGAAGAAUCUCUAUGGCGAGGCAGUUGUGGCAACUCUAGAAGGCUUGUAUCUUCUGAUAGUUCCUGGAACAAGUGUUAAAUAUGAUGCAGAGAAGGAAGAAAAGUACUUGCAGGAUAACAAACAGAAGGAGCUGGCAAGAAUCGAGGAAGCCUUGCAGAAAGCGGCGGAGAAAGGCCUUCAUUCACAAGGCUCCUUGCAUGGGCUGGAGAGUCUGGUUUACAAGGACACCAAGCCUGGACGUAAGCGUAAAAAGUACAAAAAGCAUUUUAAGAGACCCUUUAAAGGUCAUGAUCACUCAAAAGACAAACCCAAGGAGGAGAAGAAGGAUACUUUCCUAGAAAAGCUUGCAACUCAAGUUAUAAAAAAUGUGCAAGUCAAAAUCACAGGCAUUCAUGUUAGAUAUGAAGACGAUGUCACAGACCCACAGUGUCCAAUUUCCUUGGGGAUGACAUUGGGCGAGCUGAGCUUACUGACAACGAACGAGAACUGGAAACCUUCUAUUCUGAACGAAGCGGCAAAAAUAAUAUACAAGCUUCUGUGCCUGGACAGCCUCAGUGCUUACUGGAACAUACACAGUGAGAUGUAUUACCACGGCUCCCGUGAGCAAAUACUGGAUCAGCUGAAAAGAGGAAUUCCAUGUAGUGGUCACCAGCCUGAAGACUACCAGUACAUUUUCAGACCAGUGUCAGCCUCUGCAAGGCUGUACAUCAACCCCUAUGCGGAGGUAGAGCUGAAAACCCCCAAGUUUGAUUGUAAUGUGGAAGUACAGAGAAUUGUCAUUGAAUUCACUAAGCCACAGUACCUCAGCAUGAUAGACCUCCUGGAGUCCAUAGAUUACAUGGUGCGCAAUGUCCCGUACAGGAGAUUCAGGCCGAGUGUGUGUCUCCAUCAAAAUGCCAGGCAGUGGUGGAAAUAUGCAGGUGACAGUGUUCUUGAAGUUCACAUCAGGAGACAUGCACGAAUGUGGUCAUGGAGUAACAUAAAAGAACACAGGCAGGUCCUGAAGAGUUACAAAAACAUGUACAAGAACAAGCUGACACAGAGCAAACUGUCAGAAGAAACACAGAGGCAAAUUCAGGAUCUAGAAAGAAAACUCGAUGUAUUCAAUAUAGUCUUAGCAAGACAACAAGCACAAGUUGAGACAAUAAGAUCAGGACAAAAAUUGCUGAAGAAGAAAGCCUCUGAGGCAGAAAAAAAAGGUGGAGGAUGGUUUGGUGGUUUCUGGGGUAAAAGAGAAUCUAGGAAAAAAGAAGAUGAAGAACCACUUGUUCCUGAAACUAUUGAUGAACUGAUGACACCUGAGGAGAAAGCUAAGCUUUUCACUGCUAUUGGCUACAGUGACAGUUCCCAUCACCUUUCCUUGCCAAAGCAGUAUGUUGCCCAUGUCGUGACACUGAAGCUGUUAAGCACUUCUCUCAUAAUUAAAGAAGACAAGAAUGCAGCAGAAACUCUGAAAGUGCAGAUAAUUGAUCUGAGCACCAAAAUAUCACAGCGCCCAGGAGCACAAGCCAUUAAGGUUGAAGCAAAGCUUGAGAACUGGUAUGUUACAGGCCUGAGGCAAGAGAACGUUGUUCCAUCUCUUGUGGCUUCCAUAGGGGAUAGCAAGUCUUCUCUGCUUCAGAUAGAGUUUAAUGUUAACCCAGAGGACAGUGCAGCUGACCAGAGCCUCACCAUUGAGUCACAGCCUGUGGAAAUAAAAUACGAUGCAAGAACAAUCAAUGCAAUGGUAGAAUUCUUUCAGACAAGUAAGGGAAUGGAUCUGGAAAGAUUAACAUCAGCCACGUUAAUGAAGCUGGAAGAAAUCAAGGAAAGAACUGCUACAGGAUUGGCUCAUAUCAUUGAAAUGAGAAAAGUCCUUGACUUGAGGAUUCAUCUGAAACCUUCCUACCUAGUGAUUCCUCAGACUGGUUUCUACCACGAAAAUUCAGGUUUGCUGAUUCUGGACUUCGGCACAUUUCAGCUGAACAGCAUAAAUCAGGGCAGCAGCCAAGCUUCCAGCUCUGCAUCUCUAGAGGAGAUUAUGGACAAGGCUUAUGACAAGUUCGAUGUGAAAAUUAAAAAUGUCCAACUUCUUUUUGGAAGAACAGGUGAAGACUGGAAGAAGGCUCGUUUUCAGCAUCCAUCCCCUUUGCACGUCUUGCAGCCUAUGGAUAUUCGCCUGCAGCUGGCAAAAUCGAUGGUGGAAAGAGACACCAGGAUGCCAAGGUUUAAAGUGUCAGGAGGACUUCCCCUGGUGCACGUCAGGCUGUCUGACCAGAAAAUCAAGGCCAUUUUUGAUCUGAUUGAUAGCAUUCCGCUGCCUCAGAGGUCCUCAGUGUCAGUUCCAAGCAGAAAGGUCUCAGCUAUUCCCACCAUUCCUGAUGGCAGUAAAGGGUUACUUAGUGCACCACAGUUGUUGGCAGAAAUAGUUUCAGACUCGGAAGAAGAAUAUUUUGAUUUUGAGGAAAGCUCUGAACCAGCUGAGAGGUCACUAAUGAAAGGAGAGGAACUAAGGGAUGCGGAGCCUGCUCCAGAGGAACUGACAGAUCUUCAGCUGAAGUUUGAAAUUAAAGAGGUUUUAGUAGAGCUCACCAGGCAAAACAAAACUGAGGAAACAGUACUUGUCUUUGAUGUGAUGCACCUUGGGACAGAAGCUACUGCCAGAACCUACAAUUUAUCAGCUGUAUCUUACUUAAAGAAGAUAAACUUGGACUACUAUGAAACUGGAGGUAAAAAAACACCCAUUCAUCUCAUUAGUUCCUCAGACAAACCUGGCUUGGACCUUCUGAAGGUGGAAUAUGUCAAGGCUGACAGAAAUGGGCCACAGUUUCAGACAACUUUUGACAGCACUGAACAGAUGAUUCAAGUCACUUUCUCCUCGUUGAACCUCCUGUUGCACACAGAGGCUCUAAUGUCUGCUGUCAGUUUUCUGGCAGCUGUUGGUCCUUCAGGCCCCCAAAGCAGUGGAGACACAUCAGCUGCAGAGCAGAGGCAAGAGGAUGACACUGUAGUGAAGAAAGUGACUAGACCUUCCAAGGACAAGGAUGUAUUUGACUUCAAGGUCUUUGCCAAGCUGGAUGCUUUCUGCUUGAAUAUCUGUGAUGAGAAAAAGAACAUUGCAGAGAUCAAGAUACAAGGUCUUGACUCCUCUCUUUGCCUUCAGCCAAGUGUCACUGUGUUCUUUGCCCGACUUAAAGACAUCGUUGUCACAGAUGUUGAUCCAAGGACCCUUCACAAAAAAGCUGUGUCGAUUGUAGGAGAUGAAGUUUUCAGUUUCACUCUGACACUAAAUCCUCAUGCUACUGAGGGAGAAGCCUACACUGACAUGUCAAAAGUGGAUGGUGCUGUGUCUUUGAAAGUGGGCUGUAUUCAGAUAGUAUUCCUUCACAAGUUCCUCGUGGCUCUUCUGACCUUCUUGAACAACUUCCAGACAGCUAAGGAGGCCCUGAGUGCCGCUACAGUCCAGGCUGCAGAGAAGGCUGCGACCAGCGUGAAAGACCUGGCUCAGAGGAGCUUUCGACUUGCCAUGGACAUUCACUUGAAAGCACCAGUGCUAGUCAUUCCCCAGUCCUCAGUUUCCCCCAAUGUGAUAGUGAUAGAUCUUGGCUUGAUUAGGGUUCAGAACCAGUUCAGCCUGGUGUCCCCAGAGGUUCACUCGUUCGACUCACUCCCUCCAGUCAUUGACAAAAUGGAUGUGCAGCUGACAGAGCUGAAGCUGUCCAGGACCACGAUGGAGACAGAUUUGUCAGAGGCAGAUAUUGGGAUCCUUCACCCUAUUAAUUUCAGCCUGUGUGUGAAACGGAACCUCUCUGCAGCUUGGUUCCACGAGGUGCCUGGGCUGGAGCUCACGGGGUACCUGGAGACAGUCAAUGUUGUGUUAAGUCAAGAGGAUUUGAAUAUCUUUCUCAAAGUGUUGGUGGAAAACCUUGGUGAAGCAGAAGAAAAACAAACUGAUGCAAAAUCAUUACUGCAGAAGGAAGGUCAAACCAAAGACACUGAGAGAUCAGUUCUGGCACAGGAUAAGUGUGUUCCAGAAGGAAUUCUGUCUGAAAAGAGAAAAAAACCACUCAGUGAGGAUGUAAUCAAUAUGCUCCUUAAUUUUGAAAUCAAGGAGGUUUCAGUAACCUUGGUGAAGCAGGUUCAGAAGAAGAGAGAUCCAUUGCAUGUUCUAACUGUGCUCCAGCUUGGAACCCAAACCACAGUUAGAAAUCAUGUACUGUCUGCAGCAGCAUAUCUGAAAAAAAUUACUCUGAGAUGCCUUGAAAUAAAUGACUCCAAAGGAGAUCCUCUUUACAUUGUUAAUUCUUCAAGUGAGACAGAUGAACAUCUUCUGAAAAUGGAAUACAUUAAGGCUGAUGCUGAUGGACCAGAGUUUGUUACUACUUACAAAAGCACCAAGCAAAACAUCAAUGUCAUCUUUUCAUGUUUGGAUGUAGUGCUUCACACAGAGGCUUUGCUUUCCAUCCUGAGUUUUCUGACCCUCAGUGUUCCAUCAGGUGCACUUUCCAGUGCUGAGAAAUCAUCAGAGCACAGGCCUCAAAUGAAGGGACCAGACAAAGGCAGUGCUGUCAGACCAGUGCCUGGUGAUGCAGCCCUUGAUGAGAUCUGUGAGUUGGAGCUCACUGCCAAGCUAAAUUCAUUCAGUAUUCUGGUGUGUGAUCAGACCUGUAGAAUUGCAGACAUCAGAAUACAAGGAAUGGAUGCAUCCAUAGCUGUGAGGCCUAAGGAGAUCAAAGUGUUCUCCAGACUUGAGGACAUUGUAAUUACAAAUGUUGAUCCCAAAACAAUCCACAAAAAGGCUGUCUCCAUAAUGGGAGAUGAAGUGUUCAGGUUUCACGUGUCGCUGUACCCAGAUGCCACUGCAGGGGAGGCCUACGCCGACAUGUCAAGGGUGGAUGGCAGGAUGUCUCUCAAAGUGGGCUGCAUCCAGAUAGUUUACCUACAUAAGUUCUUUAUGUCUCUCUUGAACUUCUUAAACAACUUCCAGAGGGCCCAGGAAGCCCUGACUGCAGUAACUGUGCAGGCAGCAGAGAGAGCUGCUUCCAGCAUGAAGGACUUUGCCAAGAAGAGCUUCCGCCUCUUGAUGGAUGUCAACUUGAAAGCUCCAGUGAUAGUUAUUCCCGAAUCUUCAGCUUCACACAAUGCUUUGAUAGCUGACCUUGGCUUAAUCAGAGUUCAGAAUGAAUUCAAGCUGGUGUCUUCAGAUGGAUCUUCUCUUCCUCCAGUUCUUGACCACAUGGAUGUGCAGCUAACUCAUUUGAAAUUAUCAAGGUGCAUCAUAUCUGCAGAUGCUCAACCAGAUUCUGAAAUUCUCCGUCCCGUGAGUUUGACUUUAUUGGUCCAGAGGAAUUUAGCAGCAGCGUGGUAUCAUAAAUGUCCAACAAUUGGUGUCAAGGGAGACCUGAAACCAAUGCAGGUCGCACUCAGUGAAGAUGAUCUAACUGUUAUAAUGAAAAUUUUGCUUGAAAACCUUGGAGGAGCUUCUUCCCAGCCAAGUCCUGUGCAAGAGAACAUUGAGAAUACACAGAUAUUUAAGAAAAUGAAAGCUCCAAGUCAGUCUGGUGACUCUGAGGGUGACAAAAGUGUUUCUGCAGCUCAGUCUUGUGCGGAAUGUUAUACAGCACUUAAAUUUGACUUCAAUUUUGAAUCACUGUCUGUAACUCUCUACAAUACUGAUAGAAAUCAGAAGUCUCUGCCUUCGCUGCAUAGUGACAGGUUCCGCCUUGGGGAGCUCCGACUGCAUCUCAUGGCAUCCUCGGGGGAGAUGUUUUCAGAUGGCUCCAUGGAUAUCAGUGUGAAACUCAAGGCAUGUACCUUGGAUGACCUCAGGGAAGGAAUUCAGAAUGUGACUGCAAGAAUGGUAGACAAGAAAGAUGACACAAAUGACAGUUCUAUGAUAGAUAUAAGCUAUAAGCAGAAUAAAAAUGGAACUGAAGUUGUUGCUGUCCUUGACAAGCUGUACAUAUGUGCUAGUAUGGAGUUUUUGUUGGCAGUAGCAGAUUUUUUCAUUAACUCAAUGCCAACUUCCUCAACUGAGAGAUCUACACAGUUCCAAUUAAAGCAAGUUGCUGCUGGGAAAUCCAAGCCAGAAACAGAAAUAUCUGUACGGCCAAAUAUGACAGUGAAGGCUGUGAUUAUGGAUCCAGAAAUUGUGUUUGUAGCUAAUUUGACCAAUGCUGAUGCCCCUGCCUUAAAAGUUUCCUUCCAAUGUGACUUUUCUCUGACCUCUGGAAAGCUUGCCCAAAGGAUGACUGCUCAAGUGAAGAGCUUCAGAGUGUUGGCCUGUGCCUUUCUCAAAGAAAAACAGGACAGGAAUGUUACUACGGUGUUAUGGCCUUGUUCCUUGGUCAUGGAAAACAUGGUGCAUGCCUCAGGGUUGCAAACUGUGGUAGCAACAAUAGAAGAACUUACUAUUAAGAUCUCACCAAUAAUUUUGAACACAGUCGUGACCAUUCUGGCUGCCAUAAAACCCAAAACAACAGAGGAGGAUUCCAGAGGAGCAGCUAAAGUUGCUGAGAAUUUGUGGCAAGUGAAGCCUGUAGAUGAGUGCAGUGCCUGGUUUCUUGGGGUUGAUGUAGCCACAGAAGCAACAGAAACUUUCAAGGACUGUGAACAGAUUCUGAAACAAGAGAAGUUUGAUGUCGUGGUGAAAUCGGUUCAGAUCACCUUGGAAUGUGGCCUGGGGCAUCGCACUGUGCCUUUGUUGCUCGUGGAAUCUGCCUUUGCAGGGGUCCUUAAAAACUGGUCCUCACUGAUGGAGGUCACUGCUGACAUGUCCCUGGAGGUUCUUUAUUACAACGAGAGCUACGCAGUGUGGGAGCCACUUAUUGAACAGAUUGAAGGAGGGAAGAGGCGAUGGAGUUUAAAGCUUGAGAUGAAGACUAACCCUGUCCAGGAGAGAAGUCUGAUGCCUGGGGAUGAUUUCAUUGUUCUUCCUGAGCCACAAACUGCCAUUAACAUCUCUUCAAAGGAUACAAUGAAUAUAACAGUGUCCAAAUGUUGCCUUGCUGUCUUCAGUAACCUGGCCAAGGCAUUUUCAGAAGCGACUGCCUCCACGUUCGACUAUACCUUCAAAGAGACAGCACCGUUCGUGGUGAAAAAUGCCCUGGGUGUUCCCCUCAAAGUGCUUCCCAGCUCCAGUUUCCGGAUAGUUGGUUCACUUGGAAAAGAACAUGGGAAUGAUGUACAAGUGGGGCAGAGCAUGGAACUGGAAUAUUCUGUGCUCGAAGCCCCCCAGCGAGGAAGGUUGUCUGCGCUGCACCGCCAAGAAAGCUCUGUCUUCUCCUUGAAUUUAGAGCUUCAAGGCUACAGAGGAGCAUUCAGCAUUCCCAUAGCGAAGCCAGGUCGGCGCCUGUACAACGUGCGAGACGUCGCUGGCCACUCGGACUCGGUGCUUGUCCAGAUAGAUGCUGCAGAAGGAAAUAAGGUCAUCACUGUGCGAUCCCCUCUGCAGAUCAAGAACCAUUUCUCAAUCCCGUUGCGGAUCUAUAAGCUGCCUAGAGGCUCCAAGGUUCUGGAGCAGAUUGGCAUAUCCAGGCCAGAAGAGGAAUUUCACGUUCCUUUGCACUCAUACAGGUGUCCUCUGUAUGUUCAACCAGCAGGNAUGUUUGAGGGUCAGUUCAAAGAGUCCAUGACUUACAUUGCCUGGAGGGAAGAGCUGCAUAGGAGCAGUGAAGUCAACUGCUUGUUGCAGUGCCCAGCCACCGAGGCCAACUUCUUGCCUCUGGUAAUCAGCUCAACAGCUGUACCUGAUGAGCUAAAUUUUAUUUCUGGAGAGGAGUGGGAUCCUGCCUACAUUAUCCACCUUUACCCUACACUGACCGUGAGGAAUCUUCUGCCAUACUCCUUGAGGUACUUGCUUGAGGGAACGGCAGAAGCUCGUGAGUUAAGCGAGGGGAGUGCUGCAGACGUCUUCCACUCCAGGAUCAACGGGGAAAUCAUGGAGCUGGUGCUGUUAAAAUACCAAGGCAGAGACUGGACUGGGCAUCUCAAGAUUCACGAUGGCAUGCCUGAGUUUUUCCCCGUGUGCUUCACCUCUCAGUCUGCGACGGCGAUGACCGUGGACGUUUCCGUCCACGCGCGGCGCGUCGGGAGCCGCACGGUCCUGUCGGUCUUCAGCCCCUACUGGAUCAUCAACAAGACUUCGCGCGUUCUGCAGUACCGCGCCGAGGACACGCACGUGAAGCACCCGGCAGACUACAGGGAUAUUGUUCUGUUUUCCUUCAAAAAGAAGAAUAUUUUUAGCAAAAACAAGAUCCAGCUCUGUAUUUCAACGAGCACUUGGUCCAGUGGCUUUUCCCUUGAUACUGUAGGAAGCUAUGGAUGUGUCAGGUGUUCAGCUAAUAACAUGGACUAUCUGGUUGGAGUUAGCAUCAAAAUGAGCAGUUUUAACCUUACCAGGAUAGUUACCUUCAUUCCAUUCUACACAAUAGCAAACAAAUCUUCUCUGGAGCUUGAAGUGGGAGAAAUUGGUCCUAAUGGCUCCCUUCCAACUAAUAAAUGGAAUUAUAUCUCAGCUUCAGAGUGUCUUCCAUUUUGGCCGGAGAACUCAUCUGGUGCACUUUGCGUGAGAGUAGUUGGCUAUGAAAGACCAUCCAAACCUUUCCUGUUCAAAGUCCAGGAUAAUGGUACUCUGCUGAGACUGGAGGAAUUGAACGGGGGCUUGCUGGUGGAUGUGAGUGUGGCUGAGCACUCCACUAUGAUCAGCUUCUCCGACUACCACGAGGGAGCUGCCCCAGCCCUGAUAGUUAACCACACUUCAUGGGACUCGCUCAGGUACAAACAGAGUGGAUUGCAAGAGGAAAUGGAGUUGAAACCAAGCCAGGUGUGCUUGUUUGCCUGGACAGAUCCAACCAAACCAAGAAAAUUGACUUGGAGCUACUCCCAAAAUUUUGGUGAACAUGACCUGCUUAAGGAUGACUGUGGGCAGUUCCCGUACGAUGCCCACACUCAGGUGCACUGGGUGUCGUUCCUGGACGGGCGGCAGCGCGUGCUGCUCUUCACCGACGACGUCGCCCUGGUGUCUAAGGCCCGACAGGCAGAGGAGCUGGAGCAGCCUGAGCAGGAGAUAAACCUCUCCAUCCACAGCCUUGGACUUUCUCUAGUCAACAACGAAAACAGAAAAGAAAUCUCCUACAUUGGAAUCACCAGUUCUGGUGUUGUUUGGGAACGGAAACCAAAGCAUAAAUGGAAACCAUUCAAUCAAAAGCAAAUAAACCUACUGGAACAAGCCUAUCAGAAGUAUCUCUCUAAGAGUGCUUUCCAGGGGCCUGGUUGGCAUAAAUUGGACAGCAACACUGAGGUGAAUUUCAGCAGGGUCCCGAUGGAGAUGCGUCUCCCGGUCAGGUGCAGCAUCCGCCGUAACUUCCUGUCGGGAAUUCAGGUGGAAUUCAAGCAGUCACCUCACCAGAGGAGCUUACGGGCUCAGCUCUACUGGCUGCAGGUGGAUAAUCAGUUACCAGGAUCGAUGUUUCCUGUUGUAUUUCACCCUGUAGCCCCUCCCAAGUCGAUUGCGUUGGACUCAGAGCCAAAACCUUUCAUUGACAUCAGUGUCAUCACUCGAUUCAACGAGUACAGCAAAGUGCUGCAGUUCAAGUACUUCAUGGUUCUUAUCCAGGAAAUGGCCCUGAAAAUUGAUCAAGGAUUUUUGGGAGCACUCAGUGAACUUUUCACUCCAUCUACAGACCCAGAAGCUGAGAGACAGCGGUCUAAACUAAUUCAGCAAGAUGUGGAUGCACUUAGCACUGAGCUAAUGGAGUCUUCCCUCACAGAUGUGUCAGUGCUCAGCUUCUUUGAACAUUUCCACAUCUCUCCCAUUAAGCUGCAUUUGAGUUUGUCUCUGGCUUCUGGUGGAGAAGCAUCAGCUAAGGGGGAAGAAAUGAUAGCAAUCCACUCUCUGAAUUUGCUGUUGAAAAGUAUUGGAGCUACUCUGACAGAUGUGGAUGAUCUUAUUUUCAAACUUGCUUUCUUUGAAAUUAAGUAUCAGUUCUACAAGAGAGAUCAGCUGAUGAAGAGAGUUGUUAGACAUUACAGUGAACAGUUCCUGAAACAGAUGUAUGUCCUUGUACUUGGAUUAGAUGUUCUUGGAAAUCCAUUUGGAUUAAUCAGAGGCUUAUCAGAGGGGGUGGAAGCUUUCUUCUACGAGCCCUUCCAGGGUGCUGUUCAAGGCCCUGAGGAAUUUGCUGAAGGCUUUGUAAUUGGUGUGAGAAGUCUGCUUGGACACACAGUGGGUGGUGCAGCAGGAGUGGUGUCUAGGAUCACUGGCACAGUUGGGAAAGGCUUGGCUGCUAUUACUCUGGAUGAAGAAUUCCAGCAGAAAAGGAGAGAGGAGAUGGGUCGGCAGCCAAAGGACUUUGGUGCCAGCCUGGCCAAAGGGGGAAAAGGCUUCUUACGGGGGGUUGUUGGAGGUGUGACAGGCAUAAUCACUAAACCAGUAGAAGGGGCUAAGAAAGAAGGUGCAGCUGGAUUCUUCAAGGGGAUUGGGAAGGGGCUCGUGGGAGUGGUGGCCCGGCCGACCGGAGGCAUUGUGGACAUGGCCAGCAGUACCUUCCAGGGCAUCCAGAGGGUGGCAGAAUCGACUGAAGAGGUGUCUAACCUGCGUCCCCCACGUCUGAUCCGUGAGGACGGCAUCAUCCGGCCCUACAACAGGGUGGAGGCUGAGGGCUAUGAUUUGUUUGAGAAACUGCACAUCAGAAAGCUGGAAAAAGAGAGGUAUCGAUACCACUGUGCACUUCCAAGAGGCAGAAGAGCAAACCUUAUUGUUACCAACAGGAGAGUGAUAUAUGUGAAAGAAGUGGAAAUUUUAGGCCAUUUAACAACAGAGUGGGAUUACUUAUUUGACGACUUUACCUGCUGUCCCUCCUAUGAAGGAAACACUUUAAAAAUAACUGUUUUGGAUCAAAGAAUGUUCCAAAGAAAGGACAGUACAGGUCAUGGAUGUGUAAAGACAGUUCAGCUUCAGGAUGAAACUACAGCAAGGUGGCUGUGCAGUGCCAUCCAGGAUGCCCAGGCAACACGGGCCCAGCAGAGACUGGUGAGACAAGCGUCGCUGCAGCCGAGGAAACCACAGGCUCUGUCUUGA